UCAGAAUGUGGGGGAGAAAGUCCCAGGCAGUCAGUCGUUUCUUCGGCUUCACCGGUAACGCUUGUCAGGAAGGGGAGAGCCAAAAGGCUUCCACUAUUCUGAACAAGUUGAAAUCAUCGCAGAAGGAUAAAGUUCGUCAGUUUAUGAUCUUCACACAAUCUAGUGAAAAAACAGCAGUAAGUUGCCUGUCUCAAAAUGACUGGAAGUUAGAUGUUGCAACAGACAAUUUUUUCCAAAAUCCUGAACUUUAUAUACGAGAGAGUGUAAAAGGAUCAUUGGACAGGAAGAAGUUAGAACAGCUAUACAAUAGAUACAAAGAUCCUCAAGAUGAAAAUAAAAUUGGAAUAGAUGGUAUACAACAGUUCUGUGAUGACCUGGCCCUCGAUCCAGCCAGCAUUAGUGUGUUGAUCAUUGCGUGGAAGUUCAGAGCAGCAACACAGUGCGAGUUCUCCAAGCAAGAGUUCAUGGACGGCAUGACAGAAUUAGGAUGUGACAGCAUAGAAAAACUAAAGGCCCAGAUACCCAAGAUGGAACAAGAAUUGAAAGAACCAGGACGAUUUAAGGAUUUUUACCAGUUUACUUUUAAUUUUGCAAAGAAUCCAGGACAAAAAGGAUUAGAGAGGAAGAAACAUUGAUAAGAGAGAAUCAUGGAUCGACUGCCUCCUACUGGGGAUCAAGCCCACAACCCUGAGCAUGUGCCUUUGAUCGUAAUCAAACCUGGGACCCUUCAGUCUGCAGUCCAACAUCCUAUCCACUGAGCCAAACUGGCUAGGGCUCAGUUAUAUUUCAAAGAAAGCACAUAUUUUCCAUGGACCAAGGCAUUUCCAAAUUCUCCCUGGAUAGCUGUUCAUGAAAGAUGCACUUUCUAGUUCAAGAGUGUUGGUCUUUACAGCUGGUGCAUUUCUAUCAGGCCCCUUUUUCAGGAGAUGUACUGAUCAUCUAUAAACCUGUGUAACCAACUUUGAAAACUGCAGUUAGAGAAAAGCAUAAUGGUAUUCUUGUACUAUAAUGCAGGGUAAAUGUAGUAAAAUGUAAUUCAACACAAAUUUGGCAGUGCUGGUUGUGAUGAGCAAAGAGGCUUAACAUGCUUAAAUGAUGAAAAAAACACUCAAUUAUAUAGGAAAAAUUUUAUUAGAUAAAUAUAAUUUCAUAAACUUUAAAAAUUACUGAGAUCUGUACAAUAAGUAACUACAUUUACUAAAAAUGCAGAAAAUUUUUAUAGGCUUAUAUUGGACAGCCACAGUGUCUGAGGUCCAAAAUUUUAAACUUAAGUGUUGCUACAGUAUUUACAGUUACUAAUUCCUCAUAAAAAUCUAACAGUCACCAUUACUACAAACAUAUAAUUAAUUAUGCUCUAUUUUUGUAGGAAUGUCAUUCAAGUUAUCUCACAUAAACAGCACAUUAAUAAUGUUUUAUUUUUAUGAAAAUAGAUUAACUCAUUUCAGGAUAGAAAUAAAAGUGUCUCUAAAAGGGGACCCAAAAUUAAUAAAACAUGUUUUACAUAACUCUUUGGUGUGUUACUUUUAUCAAUACCUACGUAUAUCAUACACCAAAUUGAUCUUUACAUAAAAAAAUACAAACAUGAUUUUCCCUUUUCCUUCAGACCCCAAUAACUUUUCACAUUAGCAUACUUGAAAAACUUUGUGUAAUUUAAAUUUUUUACUACACUUGACUCCUGCCUAUCAGAUAAGAGUCUCAAGUUUAUCACCCAAGCCCAAUAGCCCAAUUUCACAAUCUUACGCAGCAGAAAACACCCUGGUGUAAGUAAAAGUAUUUCUGAACAGGGUGAUGUGCCUCUUUUAUCUUCUAACCAGGACAGUGCCAGAGUUUGGGUCAGGUCUGGGAAGCCUUCGGAUAUAAUGGAAAUUAAAACCCAAGGCGGAUGGUUUUUAAGAGAAAUUCACACUGUAAAUUCUCCUCUUUCUUCAUUCUCAACCUGGCAGCAAACCUGUAGUUCUACUAGCCAACACCCUACUCCCCUUGGGUGAACCUAAUGCUUGCUAAAGCUGUGGCAGGCUGCUGAGUCAUAAACAGCUGACGGGCCAUUUUGGAAACUGACUUGGUGCUUGCUACUAUCUUCAGUGGUACAGCCUUCAGGCAAACAUGUGAGGAAAAUAGAUUUGAGACCAAUAAUUAACUAGUAAUAACACAUGUAGCAUCUUACUCCGGUUUUGGCAGAUAAGAGUAAGUUAAUUAACAUCGUAUUUUCCAAAGAAUUUUAAAUCAAUAUGCAAAGGGGAAAUUUUCUGAGCUUCCUGGUUAUGUAGUAAUAGUUUUACAAUAUGAGUAUUAGCAAUAGAAAACUAUUGGAAACUUACAGACAACACUGAUAUUCUCUUAAACAAAUAGAAGAAAACCCUUUUUCUUACAGUUAUGAGAUAAUCUUCCUUUAAGUGGAGUAGGUUUUCAACAACAGAAUAGGGUAAGCAUUAUCAGUAGAUGCAUUUACUUUUUUUUUAAAAUAUAAAGUUUUUAAAUAAUUUCAAAUAGGAAUGCAGGAAAUUACAUCAACCACGCCUUAACCUAAGCACCAUACAGGUCAGCUGACUUGCCUUGCUGCAGUGGUUAGAGACUGCUUGAUGGCUUCGUAGUCCUUCUCCAGUGUCAGCAGUCAGUCUAGUUGAUGGCAAAUAAACACUGCUAGGUAGAUGUAAUGCAAGCCCCACUGAAUGUCAUUUUGUUAUAAGACUUUCUAAGAAAAGCAAAUUCCAUAAUAUCCUCCAUGAAAUUACCCUACAGAAUAUUUUCAGCAAUAUUUCCUAUUCUGGAAUGUGAAUUGGUAAGUGUAGCCAAUGUACAUUUUAUUGAGCCUAUUUGGAAUAUCUAAGUUAAAGAAGGACUAUUUAUAAAAGUUAAUAUUUAAGCUGAAAUUCACAACACAAUAUUCUUGCAUUAUUGAAACAAAGGUUAUAUUAGCAAGAAAAUAGUUUACCAGUGAACAAAGGUAAAGUCUUAAUUCUUGACUAUUCCCUAUCAGCCCAAUUCAAGAAGUCUUAUAUUCAUGAAAUGGGGGAAGGGGUGGAAGGCUGCAAAAUAAAUCUACAAAAAAGAAUUAUAUUGUCAACUGUAUGGAAAACUUUAGCAAAAUCUUAUUUAACCAUUUCCAUAUAGUUUAAAAUGUAUAUGUACACAAUCAUUAAAUAUGCUUAGGGCUGGGUAAUAGUUCUUAACCCACAAAAUUUAGCGUUUUAGACUUUGUUUCACUUACAUUCUAUAGCCAUACCUGAAAAUAUACCUUAUAAUGAAACACUGGGCAGAUUUCCCUUUGCUGUAGUAGUCUGCCACAACUCAGAUAACAUAUACUAACCUAAAAAUAAUAGGAUUCUUAUCUGACAUCCUUUACACUAUAAUCUAGCUUACUGAAAGGCAAGCCACAGAAAGAGGCUCUUCUAUUUAUUUUUUAUUUAAUUACUCCAACAUUUUGAUUUGCACAAUUAAAAGUGUUUGCAAUACUUAAA